AUGACUCAUCGUGGCUUGGUGACAGAAGGAGAAGACUGCGAAGCAUUGGUUGGCUCCCAACCACAAGUGAGCAAGUUCCCCACCCGCAGCGUGACGGCAGGGUGUCUGUUUCUCUUCCUCUCUCUCUCUCUCUAUCUCUCUUCGGGAGCUCCGCGCCAUGCGGAGAGCGCCACGCUGGAGAUCAUCAACGCGGCCACCAAGUGGACCAAGUUCGGCGAAGUGCCGCUGUCCUUUGAACUGUCAGGCGUGGAGUGCCGCCUCAAUAAAGCUCUGAACGGCCAGUACGACUACCAAUUCCAGACGGCAGAUGGGCGGCCGGUCUACAAGCGCACUGACGAGGCCGGAGACCACAUCUACCUCUUCUAUGACAAGGAGUGCGACGGAGACAGAGGCGGUAAAAGCAAUAUGUGGGGCGAGUUCGUUCUCAGGUACAAUCCGGGCCAGCUGUCCAAGACAGCAUUGUCCGAUGUGGACCGUGACCACAAGUGUACGAGUGCUGCGUACACAGCCUAUGGAUCCCAGGGGCCAACAGAUCGUAGCAGGCCCUAUUACCACGGCAAAGCCGGCGCGCUUCCGGGCAAGAGCGUGAAAUGGCACGUCUACUGCGGGCCCUCGACGGGCUUGACAAUCCAAACCUUGAGGCUCUCGGGGCAUUUCGCCGCUCCAGAGCUGAAGGCGAAAGGCGCGUGGCAGUACGUGACCACGGUGAAGCAAGGGGAGACGCGCACCGAGUCCUAUGGCUUCGAUGUCUCCAACUCCAAGGGCGGGGCUUGGGACGCUGGGGGCGAGAUCUCCGGCCCCCGGUGCCAGCACCUCGCCCCCCGGCUGCUGACGGAGACCGCGCUGACGGCGCGGGUCUUGGAGCUGGCGGCGGCGCAGCUGCGGGCGCCCAGCCCGAGGCUCGUCUGCUGGGCGCUGCUGCUCUUCGGGAGACUCACAAACUGGCAGCUGCUGGAUGCCAGGCGCCUCCUGGAGCGCGCGCUGCCGCACUUCGCGGAGGGCGCGGGCGCGCUGCUCUGCGGCCCUGCGGCGCGGGACGCCGAGGUCUGCCGCGCCCUCGCGGAGGCGCUGAUCUCCCUGCAGAAGGCGGCAGGGCAAAGCCUCCACGGGGCGCUGCGCUUCGCAGGCAAUGCUGCGGGCCUCGACUGGGAGCAGCUGCUGGCGGAGCUGGGGGACCCACUGCUCACCGAGGAGUCUCUGGCGGCCUCGCUCACUGCCACGGCAGAGCAGUGGCAAGCGGAGGAGCUACGUUACGCAUGA